UCUGGCGCUGUGCACCACGUGUCUCCUGGUGCCCGCCAUCGCCUGCCCUCAACAGUGCAUUUGCAAGUGGAAGAACGGGAAGCGCUACGUCGAGUGCUCUGAAAAAGAACUCAAAACCAUUCCCAAUUCUCUGGACUCCGAGACGCAGGUCCUCGAUUUCUCGGGCAACGAUCUUCAAGUCCUUCAGAAAGAAACUUUUCAAAAACUUGGGUUACUCGACUUGCAGAAGAUCUAUCUGCCGCGGUGCAAACUCCAAAAAAUUGACAACCAUGCGUUUAAAGGACUAGCAAAUCUUGUCGAGUUAGACCUAUCGAAUAACUAUCUCACGGUCGUGCCUUCGACCAAUUUCGUCUAUUUUCCAUCGCUGAUGAGACUUUCGAUCAAUAACAAUCCUAUAACGAGUAUCAAAACACAUUGUUUUCAGCGUCUUUCUUACUUAAAUAUGCUGGAAUUGAGCGACUGUAAAAUCGAAACAAUCGAGAACGACGCAUUUUCCGGAUUAAACCAUUUGGAAUGGCUACGAUUGAAUGGAAAUAGACUGUCGAAUAUCAAAGGUGCCAAUUUAUUCCCUGACACGUUGCGAGGUAUAUACCUGCAGAAUAAUAAUUGGAACUGUGACUGCCAUUUGAGGGAUUUACACCGGUGGUUGUUAAAUUUCAACAUGCCGCACGCUGUGGAGCCAAUUUGCUCGCUCCCCGCGCGUUUACAGAAACGCGCCAUCACCGCAGUCGCCCAGGCCGAGCUGGCUUGUUUGCCAAAACUAACGCCGGCCUCCGUCUAUUUGGAAACUAACGAGGGACACAAUGUUACGCUCGAAUGCGUCGUGAAGGCUUUCCCUGAAGCUAAAGUGACUUGGCUGUACCGAGGACUUAUAAUUCAAAAUUCUUCGAGUCACCAAUCAGAGAUUCGUGACAUGUAUUAUGUGGAAAGUGGUGAAACUGAGAAAAAAAGUGAACUUUUAAUGUACAAUGUUGGAAAUGAACACAAUGGUACUUACUCGUGCUUAGCUGAAAACCCAGCAGGGCGGGCGUCAGCCAACUACACUGUAAAAAUAAUUGUCAAAGAGGAGCCAGUAGUGAUAGUAGUUACGUUUCCUCAAAGGCACUUAGUAGUAAUAGUUACAGUAGUUUUUCUAAUUAUCGUCUUACUUAUAGCAAUAAUAGCAGUUUUUUUACUAAAAUUUAAAACAGACACUAGAAGUCGUAAAAAGAAGGAAAGUGGAAAAGAUGUAGCGUUGUGCAACCAGCUGUUGCCUGCAGCGCGAAAUAAUGGUCUGCUCACCAAGAAUAACGGCUCCCUGAUCGUGAACGCGCACUCGCGACAUUCCCUACACUACAUGGUGCAGGACCGCGACUACGAGCCGAGCGAGUUGUAUCAAAGCAACAACAUCAAAAGCUUUGUUGACAGGAACCCUGACCUAAUUAGCGAUGCUGAAACAGUCGCUAACAAUGCGCAAAACGAGAACACCGCGCUCUCCGUGUAUAAAGCACAGGUUGCGAAUGAGGGCUUCGAAGAAGAGACGACGUUCUCCGCGCCCACACCGCCGCGGCAAGUCACGUGGCAAGACCAGCAAGCGCUCAGCAACGUUAGCGUUCCGCCUAACCCCAUUAACAACAUGUACCAACACUCGGCCGAUGUACAUCUCAAUCCCGGCUGCUUCCUCGACAGCGAAGGCUAUCCCUAUGACUACGGCCUACCAAAACACCCAUGUCGGCCUCCCAUAAUGUCCAAUUAUUCCGUAAUAGGACCUUUUUAUCAAACUUUACCUCACAAUAGGCCGAAAGGUCAAAAGCUUGUAUGCAAAUUUGCUAAAGACAUGGAAUUCAAUACCCCACCUUGUGCCAACUUAGAAAUGCUUAACGGGACAAAUGUAAGGCGGACUUUGGACGGUUACCCCGUGCCGCGGAACCGACCAAUCGCUUAUGUAGGCAACGGAACCGUGUAUUAUAAUGAAGAGUUUGUACCGUCUCCGCCGGAGGGGUAUAAGACCGAAUCCGUUGGACCUUGCUGCGCGCCGGUAGAGCCCUGCUCCUCUUGGGUAAAUCCUAAGGGAACCUGUGCAGUGAUGGUACCCGUUGGUAUAGCGGAAGGUACGGGACGGUGCGGUUAUCAGGUGGAAACGAGAUGCGUGGAUACACAAACGACAGACAGGUUGCCCGGAGAAGGCACAGAGGCUGUGCUCAAACCAUUACCCCAAGUGUCUAAUGCUAAGUGCGCGUCCGACAUAUGUUCGGAAAGCCCAGAUGAGGGCUAUGUCGGCGAAGCGAACGAUAUGUGACGUCGGCGACAAGACAACGCGUGAAGGGUAUCCGAAACGCUAAGGAAAUGAUAAAGCGACUGAAUUUAUACUAUUGUUCGUAAGUUCGAGUGGGUACCGUUAGAAGCUUUUACACUGUACGGCAUAAUUGAAACGAAAAUGUAUUGUUAAAAAUUCCUGAAAUUUUGCUCCCAUUUAUGUGAAAAGGCCCUACUCUACUCAAUCAUCUGGAUUGAGUCCCGAUUCCAGUUUUUAUUAAGUGUUAUUUUAAUGAAUUAUGUAAAAUCUUUGGUAACAUCAUAUAAAUAAGCAACUCUCUAAAGUAGUCCAAGUUUAAAGUAAAUAUUUUAAAAUAUUUAGUAAUAUGGUUUCGCUAGUUGUAUUGGAGACCGUCAAUCAUGCAAAUCUAUGUUUAGGACAGAUCCCAAAAAAGUUUUCACAUAUUAAAACAAUUGUCCUAAUUUUGUUCCUAAAGUUAAACCAAAUUUCAAUAAAACUAUGUUUUUUUUUAAUAUGUUUAACUGCUCAUGCUUUGUAGAUACGUGAGCAAGCGGAAGAUUCCAAUUCUAAGCGAAAUAUUUGAGCGUUGCGAGGGUUUUCACCACACCAACUCGAGGAAAACACUUACUAUAGACAUAAAAAUAAAAUUUAAGUCAAAUCCAAAAAGUAAUUUCUACCAGCCAACUUAAGAUAAGAAGAUAAAAAUAUGCAAUUACUUUGUACACAAUAUUUCAAGAGAGUACAGUAUCAAUCAGGUGAACAUUUAUCAGUUGGUGUGGUGUACCUACAACAUAUUGUAUGAUGCAAUUUCCAAUAAACUGUAAUGGAAGUAUGAACAAUGAAAAUGCUCAAUGCACGUGCUUACCGAAUUAUAUACGCUAUAAGGAUUUUGUUGGUUACUGAAACGGCCUAAAAACAGAAAAUAAAUUGCUUCCAUGAAUGUCUCGUGCGGAGAUUCUUUCUGAUAAUCUUUUAUAAGCACUGCUGUUAUAAAUCUAAGAUUCGAAGUUAAAUAUCGAGUCAUACAGCGAGGUCUGCUUGUUUUUGCAAACGUGUCAAUCUGGCGGGACUUGAAUUUGCUCAGUAGAACUAGGAAGAGUUGGAUAACUGAUUCCUUCCAGCGUAAGAAAAAGCAAAUUGUGCUUCUUGUCAGUAGUCUAAGAUAUCAAAUUGAACAUUCACGCCGUAUAAAAUACAAUACCAAAGUUUCACCCACUCAUGUUUUAAGUUUAAGAACGUAAGUAUUAAGUAGAUUUCUUAGUAAAUGUAAAUACUGUGUAAAUAUUAGAUUUUACUAUGGACAUUUUCCGAAUGGAAUUAUGUAGUGAUCAAUAAGUAUAAUUAAAUCGAUAUCAGGGUAUCUCCCUUAAUUUAAAAAGGUUGGUUCUUUGAUAUUUCAUAAAAAAUAAUAUUGCAUGUGUCAUAAGUCAUAAAACACAAAACAUGGCCUCCAACCAUAAAUACUAUUAAAGAGAGAUUGUGUCAUCCACGUUUUCUUUUUUUUGCCACCCGAAAUGGUAAAUUAUAUUAAAUAUGUUUUGUUUGUGAAAGGUCGUUUAAUUUCUUAUUUACGCGAUUUAUCCAUUCGUCGAAAAGUAAUCGCGUUACACAGAUUUAAACUGUCACGAUUAUUACACAUAAUUAUUUUUUAAAUCGGGACUUAAGUAAUCGCGUAUGACUACA